CCAGGAACUCUAAAUAGAAACAAGCUGACAGUCUGCACGGACGGGUCUUGUUACAAUAAUGGACAACAAAAUGCAACCUCAGGAGCAGGAAUUUAUGUGAGUCCUAAUAGCACCAUGAACAGAGCUAUUAAAAUAGGUGGAGAACACCACUCAAGUGCAAGAGCAGAAUUGUUUGCCGCUGCAGAAGCUCUAUUGAUAGAGCCAACAAAAGAUAUUGUGAUAAUAUCUGACUCAGAUCUGCUAGUAAGUGGAUGUGCAAAGAACGUCAACGAUUGGGAAGACGACAACUGGCUUGGGGUGGAAAACUCUGAUGUCUGGAAAGUUAUCCUAUAUCGUAUCAGAAUAAGAAAAGGAACAACAUCCUUCAAAUGGAUAAAAGGCCACGCAGGUCACCAAGGAAAUAAAGAGGCUGACCGUCUUGCGAAAGCAGGAUGCGAUGCCAAUGACCCCAUUGAUCUGGACUAUGAAAUACCGGCCACUUUUGAAAUACAAGGUGCUCGGCUAUCAAAAAUGACGAUGGCGAAAGCCUAUAACAGUAUCAUUAAAAUAAAGGCUGAUAGGCCAAUAGAUAACAACUAUAGAUUGCAAGCAUCCAUUAAACAGGUACAGACGGAUCUCCAACGUCUGACUGGAUCAUCUCCACUAGUAAUCACCGUUCUUAAAGGGCUGCAAAAAGACCCAAUACCAAAAAAGACGGGGGACUUCAUAUGGAAAUGGUUGAAUGGAAGGGUACGGUGCGGAAAUUACUUCAAGCCGUUCCCAAACUGGCAAGAUAAAAUGCUAUGUCCCUGUGGGCACAUAGAGAGCGUCGAACAUAUUCUAUUAGAGUGUCAACUCAAUGGAAAUCAACAACUGUGGGAUCACAUAGAAUCCCUAUGGAAACAAAAAACAUCGCUGACAUACGUGCGACCAACAAACGGGGUCCUAAUGGGGAUAGGAGCCAUCAGACUAGGGAAGAUGCCUGGUCUAUACAGUAAGGAUCUAACGAUCCAAUACAAGGUAUUCAUAGUGGAAGCAUUAUGGGUGCUGUGGAAGGCCAGAAACGGCAGAAUAUUCAAUGAAGUCCCGAUGACGGAGGGACUAGUUGUUAACAUGUGGAAUGAGGCUAUCAAGUCUCGAUUAACGUUA